UUGGGAAUAUUAAAAAAUGACAAGAGAGAAAGCUAAGAGCAUGAGCAACGCCCCCUUCCCUGUAUAUUCGGCCAACGCCAUUUAACACACGCACACACUCUCUCUCUCUUCCCCCUUUCUCGCUCAACCCUCUCUCUCUCUUUCUUACAAAUUCUCCUUUUUCUCCGGCGAGUCUCAGAUACCCUCAUUUACUCGGGAUCCGCCGAUUCACUUCGCGAUCCCGGGGUUUUUCUCAAACCCGUUCCGCUUCCCCUUUCUCUCCUUUUUUUUGUUUUGAUUUUUCUUUUUAUUUUGAUUAAAAAAAUAAAAAAAAGAUCAAUGAGCGAUCAUCUGGUGCUGUUAGUGGACCGCCUGGUGCGGCCCGUGCCAGUGGUGGAGCCGCUGGCCCAGCACCCGGUCCAGCCCGCUCCCGAGCCCUCAACCCCCAUGGAUGAAGCUGCGGCGGGACCCUCCGGCUCCGCUUCGGCGGCCGAGGACGACAGCUUCGACGAGAACGCGCUGCUGUUGCCCUUGGCGGAGUGUCGCAUUUGCCAAGAGGAGGAUAGCGUCAACAAUUUAGAAACUCCUUGCUCCUGCAGCGGUAGUCUUAAGUAUGCUCAUAGAAAGUGCGUCCAGCAUUGGUGUAAUGAGAAAGGUGAUAUAAUUUGUGAGAUUUGUCACAAGUCGUAUGAACCUGGUUAUACUGCCCCGCCACCUCGUCUUCAACCUGAAGAAACUACCAUUGAUAUAGGUGGAGGCUGGACAAUCUCUGGCAUGCCAUUGGAUUUGCGUGACCCCCGACUCUUGGCAAUUGCCGAGGCAGAACGUCAAUUCUUGGAAGCUGAAUAUGAUGGAUAUGCUGCUUCAAACGCCAAUGGAGCUGCAUUUUGUCGUUCAGUUGCUCUAAUUUUAAUGGCCCUUUUACUUUUGAGGCAUGCACUUUCUGUCACGGAUGCUGAUGCUGAAGAUGAUCCAUCUACUUUUUUCUCUCUUUUCUUGCUUCGAGCUGCUGGUUUUCUUUUACCUUGCUAUAUCAUGGCCUGGGCAAUCAGUAUUUUGCAACGCAGGCGACAAAGACAAGAGGCUGCAGCACUAGCAGCAACCCAAGUUGCUUUUGUUCUACAAUCUGAACAACGUAGGGGUCUGCAGUUUGCCAUAGCACAAGCACCAACAAUGAACACACACCAGUAACAAGUGUAGUUUGAAGGAAGUAUUUGUAUCACUGGCGUGUGUACCAUGGAAAGAAGGCUUUGUUGUUAUGCCAUGCAUUUUUACUCAUGAUUUUCUCAGCUCUAAUGUAUCUAUUCACUCUGACUUGAACAACUUUGAGAUGGUGCUUAAUAUUUUUGGAAGCAUAACAUUCGAAAAGAACAUCUCAAUUUGUUAUAUAUUGGAGUUCAAGUCUUUGAAAGUUGUAGCGAUGUUACUACUAGUAAAUUUUCCGUCUCACUCCA